CGCAAUGCAUCGCGCCGCUGGGCAUGGAGAGCGGGCAGAUCCCGGACCGCGACCUCAGCGCCUCCUCCUCCUUCAACGACGGCAACGUGGGCCCGCAGAACGGCAGGUUGAACCAGGAGAUCAAGGGCGGCGCGUGGUGCCCGAAGGCGCAGGUGACGACGGAGGCCAGCGAGUGGCUGCAGGUGGAGCUGCCCGGCGUGCACGUGCUGACGGCCGUGGGCACGCAGGGCCGCUUCGGCAACGGCCAGGGCGUGGAGUACGCCGAGAGCUACGUGCUGGAGUACUGGCGCCCGCGCCUCAACAAGUGGCUGCGCUACCGCGCCGCCGACGGCCAGGAG